UUUUGUAAAAACGGUAAAAACACAUUUUUCGCGUACCUUAAUCGUUAUUUGGCUAAUUGGUAUUUUGCUCGCAGCUACAAAAAGAUUUUUUUGUAUGUGUGGCACAUUAGAGUUCUGCUUACGAGGAUAAUUUCGCUUCCGUUACGGGUCGUCGCAGUGUAAAAGUUCGCGUGGUUGAAAAAAUUUCGAUUUGCUGUACGAGUAUCUUCUCUUUUGGUUUACCGUGAAUCUAUUCUCUCGGGUUUCUUUACAAGAUUUCCGGUGUUUCAAGCUGAGUUCUUCAAGCAGCAAUUGUUACCUUCACUUUUACGAUUGGAAGUGGUCCGCGUUUGCUAGACCGAGUCAACCAAUCAACCCACGAUGGGUAAAGCGAAGAAAAGCAAAAAGGACUCCUCCGCCGUGGCUGCCGGUACCGGCGAGGACGGUUCGGAUAUCGAGAUGAGGCAAAAUAGUUUGACUGAAACAGAAGUGGAAAACCGGAAGAAUGAUAAAAAGAAAAAGGACAAAAAGAUGAAAAAGCUUGAUAGUGAUCAGGAUGAUGCCGAUGACGGGAUGGAACUGGUAACCGAAGAGGUUAAAAAGUUGACCGUCGGAACCAAACAGAAAGACGAAAGUAAGAAGAAAGGAAAAAAGGCUGAGAAAACUGGAGAAGUUGAAGAGGAUGGUGAGGCUGGCCAAGAACCUGACGAAGAUGCUGGCAAAAAGUCGAAAAGCAAGAAGAAAAGCAAAGCCUCCGGAGGAGGUGGUCCUGUUGGAUUUUCUCUGCUGAUGGCAGAGGAUGAUGACGAGGACGAAGAGCCUCAGGGUGACCGAAAUGAUAAUGAUGAUGGAGAAGAUGAGGUGUUCAAGAAGGGCAAGGUUAAAACUAACAAAAAACAGACUAAGGAAGAAAACGAUGAUUCUACGCAAAAGUCCGGCAAGAAAAGCAAGAAAGGUAAAAAGAAGAAGGGCGGAGAUAGUGACGAUGAGGACAUAGAGAAAAUGCUGGCCGAAUUGGAAAUGGAGUAUUCUGGAGUAAAACCAGCUGGUACCGUUGAAGAAACUGCAGUCGCAGCAGACGCGAAGGAACCGGAAAAGGAAAAGAAAAAAGAUAAGAAAGAAAAGAAAAAGAAGGAAGAGACUCCCGAUGUCACAGAAGAGAAACCAGAUGGUGAGAUCCACAUUAAAACUGCUGCCGAAAAGCGUAAAGAAAAGAAGGAGCGCCAGAAGAAAGAAACGCAGAUUGCCAAACAACAAGAGGCAGAAACUACACCGGGCAAUGCUGUCGCUAAGGAAUCGAAGGAAUCAACUCCCAUUCCGGCCAGUCAAGCAGAUGAAGCAGCUCCAGGAGAUGGUAAAAAGAAGAAAAAGAAAGGCAAAAAGGAAGAGGCUGACAAGCCUGCAGAAACAGUAGAAGAUAAAACUGCUACUACGGCGCAGAUAGAAGAUAACAAAUCGGCAGAAACUGCUGGCAAAGAGAGCGAGAAGAAAAAGAAGGGUCCGAACAAAGCAGCUUUGGCUUUAAUGCAGGAAAGGUUAAAGGCUAUUCGAGAGGAGGAGGAGAGACAAAAACGUGAAGAAGAGGAAAAAAUAAGAUUAGCUGAAGAAGCAGAGCGUUAUCAUCAAGAGCAAUUGCGCCUGGAACAGGAAAAGAAAGAGCGCAAAAAGCAAAAAGAGAAGGAACGCAAAGAACGAUUGAAAGCAGAAGGCAAACUGUUGACUGCUAAACAAAAGCAAGAUCGCAUGCGAGCACAAGCUAUGUUGGAUGCUUUAAAGGCGCAAGGUGUGGAAAUACCAGAAGCAGGAGUUGAGAAAAAAGUACGUUUAGGAACUAGGAUCCGUCCGAAGAAGAAGGAUGAUGCCAACAAGGAAGAUGAAUCUAAAGAACCGAGUCCCACGGUAGAAGAACAACAAAGAAUGGAUAUGGAAAAGAUCGAAGCCGAAAAGGCUAAGAUUGAUGAAGUUAAGGAUUCGUGGGAUGCUUCUGACAGUGAAGAAGAAGAAGAGGAGGAACCCGAAAAGGACGGCAAAGAAGGAAAGCAGAAGACCAUUGGCAGGCAAAAAUCGGAGCAGCUAGACUCAGAUGAAGAUGACGACGAUAGUGAGAGUGAAGAGGAUGAUUCUGGAGAAGAAGGAACGGAUAGUGAGAACGAAUCGGAAGAAGAUUCACGGCCGGAGACAGAAAGGAUGCGUCAGCGUGCUUUAGAUAGAAUCGCCAAGAGAACUCAGGAUGCAGAAAAGAAACGUUCUUUGGAAAAUUUGCGUGCGGCUGUAGUGUGCGUUCUUGGCCACGUAGAUACUGGAAAAACUAAAAUUCUUGAUAAACUUCGCCGCACUAAUGUUCAGGAUGCGGAAGCUGGCGGUAUAACACAGCAAAUUGGAGCUACCAAUGUCCCUAUAGACAACAUAAAGGAGCAAACAAAGUUUGUAAAAGGGUAUGGCGAUACGACGUUUAAAUUGCCCGGACUCCUCAUCAUAGAUACGCCCGGUCACGAGUCAUUUAGCAAUCUUCGUAGUCGUGGUUCCUCUCUUUGUGAUAUUGCUAUUCUGGUGGUAGAUAUUAUGCAUGGUUUAGAACCACAAACUAUAGAAUCUAUUAAUUUGUUGAAGUCCAAACGAACUCCAUUUGUGGUGGCUUUGAAUAAAAUCGAUCGUUUGUACGAUUGGAAUACUAUGAAUCGUAAGGAUAUUCGAGAUAUCAUCAAAGCUCAAGCCCCAAACACUCAAAAUGAGUUCCAACAGCGCACAAAUGAAGUAAUUGUUCAGUUUGCCGAACAGAGCCUGAAUGCUGCUUUGUACUACGAAAAUCCAGAUCCCAAUACAUAUAUUUCUUUGGUCCCAACCAGUGCUAUUACUGGCGAAGGUAUGGGAAACCUUCUGUUUCUAAUUGUGCAAUUCUGCCAGAAACAGCUGGCUAAACGUCUCAUGUUUAGUGAAGACCUCCAAGCAACCGUACUCGAAGUGAAGGCUAUUCCCGGCUUAGGAACUACUAUCGAUGCCAUCCUGAUCAAUGGCAAGCUACGCGAGGGCGAUAGUAUGAUUCUAGCCGGCACGGAAGGUCCAAUCGUUACUCAAAUAAAAGCCCUUUUGAUGCCCCAACCGAUGAAGGAGCUGCGCGUAAAGAACGCUUACGUUGAGCACAAGGAGGUAUGGGCAGCCCAAGGCGUGAAGAUUGCCGCCAAAGAGCUGGAGAAGGCAAUUGCGGGCCUUAAUUUGCAAAUAGCUCAGAAACCAGAUGAAAUUGAAAUAUUUAAAGAUAUUGUGGCACGUGAUUUGAAAUCCGUUCUCAGCAGUAUUAAGUUAAGUGAACGUGGAGUUUACGUUCAGGCAUCAACACUGGGAUCAUUGGAGGCGCUGCUCGAGUUUUUGAGAACUUCUAAAAUUCCGUAUUCCGGUAUUCGCAUCGGGCCUGUCGUAAAGCGAGAUGUCAUGAAAGCGUCAACUAUGUUAGAGCAUGAAAAUCAGUACGCCACUAUUCUCGCCUUCGACGUCAAGAUAGAACGGGACGCACAAGACCUUGCCGAUAGUUUAGGCGUGAAGAUCUUCCAAGCAGACAUCAUUUACCAUUUGUUCGACAAGUUCAUGGCUUAUCGGGACGAAAUCAAACAACGUAAACGUGAGGAGUUCAAAACGGUCGCAGUGUUUCCGUGCAAACUAAAGAUCUUACCUCAGUUUGUGUUCAAUUCACGUGAUCCAAUUGUGAUAGGUGUUAUAGUGGAAGCCGGCGUUGUUAAGGAAGGAACGCCGAUUUGUGUGCCAACUAAGGAGUUUGUUGAAUUGGGCGUGGUGACAUCGAUCGAAGCCAAUCACAAACAAAUCGAGACUGCCAGGAAAGGCCAGGAAGUGUGCAUUAAAAUUGACCCGAUCCCAGGCGAAACGCCCAAGAUGUUCGGAAGACAUUUUGAUGAAAAUGAUAUGCUAGUUAGUAAGAUAUCCCGUCAAAGUAUUGAUGCAUGCAAAGACUACUUCCGUGAUGAUUUGCUAAAAUCGGACUGGGCUCUGAUGGUAGAGUUGAAGAAAACGUUCCAAAUUUUGUAGUUUGUCAAAUUUGUCAAUGGUUUUGGCAACCGCUCGUACCGCUGGGAUUUUUGGUUAUGUUUUACAAUUGCAUCUUGCUGUGCUCGAGAUGGGGCCUUCCGGAAAUAGGUAAAUCCAUUCACCAUUCGGAAAGACCUGUUUCGAUAUAGGAAAGUAGCUCUGGCAAGUGUGCAUCUACCCGAUUAUAAGCUAAAACAAUCAAUUUUUCUAUGAGCCCAGUAAUUUUACUUAACUUACAAUUGUUUACACGCUAGGUAUUUAACCAAUUGUUUAACAUCGUGACGUAUAACUGUAAUUAUCUAGGACCUUUACAAUUUCAUCUCUUUUUGGCGUUUUGUUGCUGGUUGGUAUUGCAACAGAAAUCGAAUAAUUAUAGAUAGAAUUUGUGAUUGCAAAUUGUGUUGCAUGUUUGACAGAGAAUGAAUGCCGAAACCAUCUGAAAAGCGUGAGUGUUUAGUAAGAAGAUCUUGUAAUAAAAAAAGUCAUG